AUGCCGGCCUUCUUCUCGCGAGUCUUUCGCAGCAAAGACGCCAACGGCGCCAAUAAACAAGCGAAACCCGCGGCCGCGGCUAAUUCACUCCCCGCCCGACCAAAAUGGACCGAUGCUUGGGCACGAACAGAGGUCGCUCCUGAAGAAGUACAGGAUCUGGUGCGAGGCUGUGCGCAAGAAAUCAAAGCUCGAGCACUCGAUACCCCCUUUCUCCUUCUACCGUUCCGUCCGAGUUCCGAUCCCAGCGCUGCCCGUACGUUCGUGCGAAACUACUUCAACCAGAGCUUCGACAAGGGUGCCCCCGUCAGUGGAGAUGAGUUGAUGCAGGAAUUGCGGCUCACGGAGCCAAUGGUUCUGUGCAGCGUACUGAAAUGGUGUUGGAGUCGACUCGCCGGAGGUGUGGUCACAUGGGACGCAUAUGAGUUGUUCAAGGUGGGCGAACAAGAUUCGGACUUUGCGCGCGAUGCUUUCGCCACCUUUAUCCCCAUCAGUGUCGAUUCCGAUGCCCGCACCAAAAUCAUCUUCGACUUUUUCGAUCUGUUGGCCUCCAUCGCCGCGCACGGCAAGUCGAAUGGCCUGGGAGGCCGCAAACUUUCUCGUUACGCAGGAUGGUGGGCCUUCGAACACACCGAUACGGGCAAGGGGUUCGAAGCUUCUUACAGAAACUGGGCGGCUGCCGCGGAUGCAACGAGCCACUUGUUCUUCGCUUACCUUCGUUCUCUCGCUGCGGAUGCGACACGAGGCAUGACGGGGAUCUCAUCUCUGCCGCUGUCCCUGCAGACAUUAGUCGAGGCGACCGAGUACCCUCCUGAGACGCCCACUCUUCUUCAAGUGACCACGACAAAGGUCGUGAUGAUUGUCGACACCGUCUCGCCCACACCUUUCGCUCUCCUCCGCCGGGCAAAGAACUUUGAGUACCGUGACGAGCAUUGGCAUCUGCAGGAGUUUGCCAAUUUCGAUGACCCUGUCAAAGCUUUGACUGAUGAAUGUCUGCGUGUGCUAAGAUGUAUCUCCUCCGCCAAUGAAUCGAGCGUGUCUAGCAUCAAACAGUCGACGAGUUUGCGCGACGCUUCGUGGUCCCGGUUCCAAGAUAUCGGCUUCGGCGGGUCCAUCGAGUCCGACGAGGAAGAGACCCCGACUCGACCAUCCAUGUCGAAGCCCGAAACUUUUGGUGGAAUCAGAACCGCUCCCCACUCACAGAAUGGCGAUCUCGGUCGUCCAACCACACCAUCAUGGGCGGACUUUAUGUCUUCGGGCUUCGCCGAUGAAAAUCUGAAAGACCGAGUUGGCCCCCUCCUCCUGCCACCCGAUAAGAUUCUGCCUCCAAUUGUGGCUCCCCGGGGCCAGAGCUCCCAGUCCCACCGACGAACUAUGAGCGCCGAUGAUCCGCUCGAACCUGCGGAACUAGCCAGCAUCAACAGUCUCGACUUGGAUGAUUCUUUCUGGUGGGUCUGGAUCAGCAGUCUUUCUGCUGACGAGCCCAGCGCUCGGAAGGCCGUGUUUGGUCGAUGCGCACUCAUCGAGACUCGCAUUCGUGACACCAAGUGGCUAGUCCUGGAGGAGCAGGUCAAGGGCGCCGCUCCUGAGCCCGAGGCCGGUGCCCACCUGGUGGAGAAGAAGCGCUUCUUUAGUUUCGGCAGUCGGCGACCUGGCGGUAAGCUGAGCCGGAGCAAGUCCACCGCGAAGAAGGUUUCGUCCAUUGAGGACUCAUACAAGCGGCCCAACAACCAGGCCCCUCAGAGCAAGUCGAGCAUUGGGCCUGAUCAGCACAAGAGGAUUCAGGCUGCAGCCGCCGCUCUUCAAAGAAAACAUCGCGAGCAAGAAGCGGAAGCGAGGCGGUCGCCCAUGAAUGCAGGCGACGAUACGCGGUCAACCAAGACUAACUCGGUAAUGACACUGCAACCUGCGAUUGUGAAUGAGGCCUCGUCAGCCCUUAAGUGGGCAAGCAACUAUGACAAAAACGCAGUUCGAGCGGCCUAUCUUAAUGAUAAUCGGGCAGGAACAGGCUCUGUUGCUAAUGGCAUUGAAGCUCAUUCAAAUGGCGUUGAUAGUGAACAGCCACCUGUCUCGCCUGUUUCCCCCGUUUCCCCUACGAUUCGUAGCACAACAAAGACCGGACCACCUCCGCCCCCUCCCAAGGACGCAAGUGCAGCAGUGCCACCAGCCCUGCCGUCGCCUGCUCCAGAGCCCGUACAGCAGGAGACACCUCGUGAGAUACUCAAGGAAGGCAAGAAUGACAGUGUCAAGACCGUUGUCUUUGAGGAUCCGGCUGAGUCUCAGCCUAAAGAGUCACUCGAUGAUGCAAGCAAAAAGACCAAAAAGAAGACUGGAAACGCCGGUUUCAAGGGCAUGUUUGGCAACAAGAAGAAGAUCGAACAGCAGCCACAGACAGAGUUGAAGCCCAUCAACGGUUCCAAGGGGAACUCUGCGGUGGCCGCGGCCCGUGCCGCGUUGGAGGCCAAGGCCAAGGAGUCUCAGAACGUGCGCAAGUCUUCUCCCAGGCCUGGUGUUAUCAAAAAGAAGCCGGUAAACGACACUCCGGCUCCCUCGGUCUCAAGUGGGCCUGCCCCUACCCCCGCUGCUCCUGCGUCUGAACCCGAGCCUCCCACGCAAGCCAUUCCUACCCCUCGAGCGACACCUGAGCCUACCCGAGAAGAACUACCCUCUCACUCGAUUCCAGGCAGCGGUAGCCCUCCCAAGACUCGCCGCGCCAUCGAAGCCGAUGCUCUUUCCCGAGUAGGCACCAGUGAGGCCGCCGCCGCCGCUCAAGAGUUUUCCAAAUUCGACCAAGGCCCUCUAACUGAGCAGCCCGCCUUUGUUCCAGAAGAUGAGCUCGUGGACGCAUAUCACGGGCAAAAGGACCUUCCUCAGACUCCUACUAGUGUCCAUGACAGUGGUGUGGCGGAGAAGCACACUGCGAUCAACGAGGCUUCGCCUAGUCGUUUCACGAGCACAGAGGAUCGCUGGGCACAAAUUCGGCGGAAUGCAGCUGAACGCCGUGAGGCAGCAAGCGCCCCCGUUGAAGAACCCGAAGUGCGAACUAGCCAUUCUGAGCGCACCGAUGAAGGCGAUACCAGUGGUGAAGAGACUAUUGAGUCGCGUGUUGCUCGUAUUAAGGCUCGGGUUGCUGAACUGACGGGCAACAUGGAAGCUGCUCGCUAA